UUUCAUUUUCUAAUUUUUCACUUUUUGUGUAUUCUGCGCCUUUUUCCCUCUCUUUCUGUGCUCAUAAUUCGAAGAUUUGGAUAAAACUUCAUUGUAUUUUCGCAUGAAUUCGUGUGGUAUUCAAAUUAAAGAUUCUGGGAACUUAUCUGUGGCUGAAACGAUUCUAAACGAGUGUGUAUUAGGGACUUAUUUGAUUUUAGUUCUGAUGUUUUAUUUGAUUAACGAAGAAUCAAGGGGAACUGUGGUGAAGACUAUGGCUGAAUUUGAUGCAAAGGGAAAUGAUAUCAGCCUUAGCAUAUACAAGGGUAAAGUCCUGCUCAUUGUCAACGUUGCUUCUAAGUGUGGGAUGACAAAUUCGAACUAUCUGGAGUUGAACCAACUAUACGAGAAAUACAAAGAACACGUUAUUGCAGGUUUGGAAAUUCUGGCAUUUCCAUGUAAUCAGUUUGGCGACGAGGAACCAGGAAGUAAUGAUGAGAUCAAAGAUUUUGUCUGCAGUCGUUUCAAAUCAGAAUUUCCAAUUUUUGAUAAGAUUGAAGUCAAUGGGAACAAUUCUGCCCCACUCUACAAAUUUUUAAAAUUGGGAAAAUGGGGAAUAUUUGGGGACGAUAUUCAGUGGAAUUUUGCCAAGUUUCUGGUUGACAAGGAUGGGAAAGUAGUCGACCGUUAUUACCCCACAACAUCUCCUCUCAGCAUUGAGAAUGAUAUCAAGAAGCUGUUGGAGAUCUUAUGAGCGAUUGGACAUACGAGUUUAAGCAUUUACAUUCAACUUGUUCCUGAAAUACUGCACGAUGGUGAUCAAUCACGAUGUGAAGUCACAAUGGGUUGUGUUUGUUAUAACAUUGUUGAAUUUUGAGUUGAGAACUAAUCAGUGUAUGGAUAAGAUUCAUGAAUAUAUUAUUGAAGAUCAUAUAUAAUUGAUCUAUAAUCUAUAAAAUUCCACAUAAACACAUAUUGAAUGGA